AUGGAAAAUACUAAUCCUAAUAUUGCUAGAGUUCAGCGUGUAAAGAAAGCAUCCUCAGAUCAACUGCUGAGAAAGUUUGCCGAGGCGGGUUCUGAAUCAAAUCACAAGUUAUCAGCUAAAAGCGAGUCAAGAAUGGCAAAACGUGCAAAAAGAAGCACACCUCUUAACACUAAUGUGAAUGCUUCUUCGGUAGAGAUAAAUUCACUACUUCCUCCAUCAACCUCCAGGAAAUCGUUAUCUUUUAUUCCGAGACUAGAGAUGGGUAAGGCCAAGAUCAGAGCUAGGGAGCUGAAGAACAAGUCUUUCAUGUGUACCAUUGAGAAGACAUGGCGUAAAACUAUUGCAGGGGCUUCGAGGGUCUUGAUGGAGAAGCAUUACAACCGGCACAAGCGUCUAAUUAACGAUGCAUAUUAG